AUGGUCUCUGCCAGGCAGCAAGGGGGAACAAAGAAGGAUAUUGAGAAGAGCUCGCGCUCGAAAAAGCACCACGUGCUCGCUCUGUUUAUCAGCAGGGAUUUCUGGGAAGCGGUACUCAUGGUAACCAACAUAAACACUAGUCAUCCUCCUCUUCAACCUCCUCCCCGCUUUGCAGUAGUGCUAAAUCCGGCGAAACUUACCAGCAUGACUCUCAACGAUGACCAGUAUUAUGAAAAGAAAGCGUCGAUUCAACAAAGCAUGCAUAAAAGGGAGAAGCGGAGGCUUGAGCUGGAGAGGGAACUGUUUGCUUACUCGAGAUCUGAUAAAAGAAUCUCACAGAUAAAGUGUUCCAAACUGCGCAGUUAUCUCAAGGAAAUCUGUGACAGGGAAGCACGAGCGAAAAUGAGAAACCUUGAGCUUCUGAGAGAUGUGGAGAGCAUUGAAAUUAGCAUGAAGGAAUAUACACCUGACCAUGGCCCUCUGCAACAACUAAAGGCUGACUAUUUAGAAAAGAUCUCCAGUAUUACAGAAGCAAAAAAGAAAAUGGAACAAGAGCCUGACGGGAAAAAGGGUGAAGCAGUGCCUAGAUUUCACCAAGACAGCUCCCUUUUCCACCCAGCAAAGGAUUUUUCUAAACCACCAGCGGUAAUUUUUAUGGACCGCCAGACCUCCAGAGGGUCUGACGCUGAAGCUGGCACCACAAGUGUACACUCACACCAAGCAGUGCAUCGUUCACCCAAUCGCAGCAUGCACUCCCGUGAACGUCUACCAAGUGGCCUUUUGAAGGACUUCAGAGUUGGAGGAGAGGAAGCCGCCAGCAACCGAGCACAUUUAUCAGAUGACAUUUCAGGCUCAAACGAUUCCCCUGACGGCUGUAAUUUGAGUGACAAACAUGAAAGAACGAUGCUGGUGCUCCCAUCUGUUCGUGCCUUAACAGGCACAGCUGGCAAUGUGCCUUUUGGAAGUGAUGAUGAAGAAGAACCAUCACCUCCGAUGACCUUGACCGGGCCUGAGAAGAAGAAUCCAUCUCUCAGCAGCAGUUGCCCCAUGAAGUCUAAGAAUUCCCCUGCAGAACACACAGAGACCCGAGAGGUGACUCAUCAGCCGUCCAUAAUGGAAAGUGAAGAGAGAGGUCUUAGCCAUUUGAUGCCUCAAACCACUUCUGGAAAAGACGCUCAAGAUACACCAGGUAGAAGUGAGAGCGUCAGCACUCCCAGCUCUGAUGUGCAGUUGUCAGAGAGCAGUGUUAGUGACUUGUCCAUCUCUCUGACACAAUCUGAGCUGGAAGAGGAUCCACCAGAGGGUGUGGCACCUGACAGGAAGACCACUUCUGGGAGAGAUGAUGAUCACAAUCAGCACAGUCUUGAAUCAUCUUUGCACUCUGAAAAGUCCAAGAAAACACUACAGUUGAACUUUGAGUCCCCAGCUUCAAAGGUGACCUUGGAAAGUCUCUCGCAGGAAGGACUCUUUACUCUGCUAGACAGCAUUGAAGGACGACUCCAUGGUGAGCGGACCAAUGUGUACAUGGAUUCUUCAAUUGAUGCAAAACAACUCAAUAGAAUUAUCAGCCUUUGUAACAGUGGAGCAAGCUUGAAUGACGAGGACCUUGAGGCAUGCGGAGCAGUCAUCCUUCAUGAGCUUCAGAGGUUGUCAUGGAGCACAGCAAAGGGUUGCCUGCUUCCUCAGGAUCUAGUGAGUGCUCACCAGCCCUGCAUUGAAUCUAAUGAAAUAAGCGCCAGCCUCCCUCCUGAUGCUGCUCGGCUGUGGGAUCGUUGGUUCAAGCACGCCCUCCUGCUCAAGGAGCGCUGUGUCCUCAGCACUGAGCGCAUAGUCCAGCUGUUCACACCACUGCUGCUGGAGCGCCAUGCCACCUACAGCCACCAGGCCAAAGUGCUGCUGAGGACACUUGUGUCCCGGUCCAGUGAGGAGUGCCCCUCAGCAGAGGACGAGAGCGACUUGUCUUCUUCGGGUGGUCCUUCUUCUCUCCUGGCUGAAGGAUAUGUGAAGCCCGCCAGGCCUGUGCAGAAGCAACAGAUGCAAGAACUACAAAGUACUGAAGAGGACAGCCAGGACGAAAGCCCUGUGGAAAGUGUUCCUAUUAGAGAGACAAAAGCAUAUCAGUUACUUAAACAAUCAGCCAUGCAGGAAAGGCUGCAGAGUUCUGAAGAGGAGGAGGAGGAGGAAGAAGGCCUUUCAGGAAUAAAUCAUGGGCGUGAAGAGGACCCGGGGAGGGCCAAACGCUCCUCACAUCAAGACCCUUACCCUGGAAAAGAGAAGAAGAACUCAAAGGCUCUUUUUGCUCUACAGUCAAAAGCUCUCUGGGGGGAAUCAGAUGACAGCAACUCAGAGAUUGAAGCAGCCUUGUGUCCUCAACCCUUCAAUACAAACAGCAAUGACAUUGACGGCUUCUAUGACUGAAGUAUUCCUUCAGAUAUUUUUUUAUGCACUAUAUUAUAUCACUGCUAAAUCCAAGGCAGUUUGGCUCAGAGUAAUUCACCUCCUGACCAUUACUUUAGUGGUCUGCAAUAUAAAUCAAAUGUACAGUGUAUCGUAAAAACAAAUAAUAAAGUUGACAGCUCUCACGCUGGUUAAAGUA